GUCACCAUGAAGGUAGCAUUGUUUGUACUGGUGCUCCUCUGCGUGGCUGGAAUACUGCAUGCUGAGGCCUCGGACCAGUCUGGAGAGAACAGUCUCACAGAAAAUGGACAGGGUUUGGGUAGAAGAUAUGCUGAGUCAACCAUUGCCAGUGACAUGAGCAAAAUCAUGGACUCCAUGGUUCAGAAGAAUUUUGUCAACUUCCUGCUCAACCAGAAGGAGAAAAAGAGCAUGUCUAAUGUCACUCCGGAGGAAGAUCCAGGGGCUCGCUUGUACAACAAUCUCCUGAAAAAGCUUGCACUGUGCAUCCGCAGCAAGGGACACAGAUCCAUGACCCAGUGAUGUUUUAAAGAAUAUCAGCAAAUUACCAACAUAGGCGAGAGAAUGAUGCAAAGAGAAGCCUCAAGUCAACCACCACAUUAUGACAAUUUAGAGAAAAAAUGAUGCUUUCUAUUUUGUUAUGAAUCCAGAAUGUCUUACCUUUUUCAUAAAUCAUUUCUAAGGGGAAAUUAAAUUA